CGAGUAUUUUGCAACGUAGACUGACUAUGAUGCCCGCGAUCGUGUUAUUGUUGGCACUGUUCACGUUGGCAGCGGGUGAAAUUGCCCACAAUGACCCACAUUUUGCUCCUGGCCACGACGCUAUCGUCCAUCUCUUCGAAUGGAAAUGGGACGACGUUGCGAAAGAGUGCGAACAAUUCCUUGGACCUGUAGGCUUUGGUGGAGUCCAGGUAUCACCGGUACAAGAGAACAUUGUGAUCGACAAGAGGCCAUGGUGGGAACGUUAUCAACCGAUUUCCUACAAAUGGGUCACGCGAUCUGGCACGCGAGAACAAUUCAUCGAUAUGGUGGCAAGAUGCAACAAAGCGGGUGUACGGAUUUAUGUAGACGUUAUAAUGAACCAUAUGUCCGGUGAUUGGAACGACGCACACGGAACAGGAAACUCGAGGGCGGACACGUACAACUUCGACUAUCCGCAAGUGCCCUACACCGUCAAAAAUUUCCACGCUCGUUGCGCAGUGAACAAUUACAACGACCCGGCAAACGUGAGGAACUGCGAGUUGGUUGGUCUCCACGACUUGGAUCAGAGCCAAGAGUACGUCAGGUCGAAGCUUGUUGAUUUCCUCAACGAUCUGGUCGCCGUUGGUGUUGCCGGUUUCCGAGUCGAUGCUGCGAAACACAUGUGGCCGAGCGAUUUGAGAACGAUUUACUCGAGAGUGAGGAACCUGAACACGACGCACGGUUUCCUUGAGAAUGCACGGCCGUACAUAUUCCAAGAGGUGAUCGAUUAUGGGAACGAGGCGAUCUCGAAACGGGAGUACAACAAAAUGGCGGCGGUGAUCGAGUUCAAAUACUCAUAUGAAAUUUCCAAUGCGUUUCGGGGGAACAAUAAUCUGAGAUGGUUGGUGAACUGGGGAGAGCAAUGGGGUUUUCUACCCUCCAAGGAUUCUCUAGUUUUCGUGGACAAUCACGACACGCAACGCGACAAUCCUCAAAUACUCACUUACAAAUACUCCAAACGGUACAAGAUGGCCGUCGCGUUCAUGCUGUCCCAUCCAUUCGGCACCCCACGAAUAAUGAGCUCCUUCGACUUCGAAAGCAAGGAUCAAGGACCGCCUAAUGACGGCAAUGGCAACAUUCUGUCGCCUUUGAUCCACGAUAACAUUUGCAGCAACGGAUGGAUCUGUGAACACCGUUGGAGGCAAAUCUACAACAUGGUUCGUUUCCGCAAUUUGGUCGAAGGAACGAGGAUCGAUAAUUGGUGGGAUAACGGAAGCAAUCAAAUCGCAUUCAGUCGGGGAUGUUCCGGAUUUGUCGCGUUCAACGGAGAUCAAUACGAUCUGAGGCAAACUUUGAAAGUUUGUCUACCUCCUGGCCGCUAUUGCGACGUGAUUUCUGGCAAUUUGGAGAACGGAAAAUGCACCGGCAAGGUUGUCACUGUGCGAUCGGAUGGAAAUGCUGAUAUAGAGAUCGGCGCAGGAGAAGAGGAUGGAGUUCUCGCCAUUCACGUUGAGGCUAAAAUGGCGUAAAGGAAUCAUAAGGCAGAGAUUGCGAUUGAACGAAGAAGAAAAUUCUUAAAAUUCAUCUUACGACGAGAAAAGCUUGUAUUUAAUUCCUCGUAGAGCAAAUAAUUAUAUAUAUAUAAAUGUA